CCGGCAAAGAACGACAGUACGCUCUUGCUAGCGUUCGUGUGACGAUCUUCUGACACAUCACACGCUGAUAACGCGAGAUAACGAACGCGAUAAAACUUAAAUACUGCCAAACAGUCAACUAACAUAAACGUAAAUAGUGCGAAAUAAAAUUAUAAACACCAGACAAAUUUUAUUCAAAAUUUUGAUAUUAAUAAUUAAUUUUAAAAAUUUAUAGUAUUUUAUAAAGUGUGUGGUUUUAAAGUAGAACGAUUUUCUCGGUCGAGUAAAAUCGGGAAUAUUUGCAAAGAUUGUUGAAUGAUAUUCUAAUUCAAAGUCAAAGUCACCAACGCAAACAAAGUUGUAAACUUGCAGAAACUUACCGACUUGCGGUUUGGCGUCGCGCAGAAAGCGCGGAGAAGAAAAUUGGAGUAAAAUUGAAGUGAUCGCCGUUUGAUCGAGCAAGAAAUCGAAGUAACAAGAUUGAGAUCAACAAACAAUAAUAAUGCAAUAUCUACAUUUUAUAUUUUUACUGAUCUUUUGUGUUGGUUGUCUUCAUGGUGCACGUCUUGGAACGGAGUGCAAGAGUGAUUGGCAGUGUAAGGAGGACAUCAAUGGUUCCAUGUGUCUCAGAGGGCGCUGCGCGUGUCAGCCAUACUUUGCGCGUGUCAAUGCCACCUAUUGUGUUCAAUCAACGCUUCUCGGUUACGAUUGUGUGGUAGCUGAACAAUGUUCCAUGAAAGUUGCCAACUCUUCGUGUUUAGAGGGCGCUUGUCGAUGUGUGGAUGGUUUUCUACAGUUUCGCAAACACACUUGCCUUGGACCGGCACGUCCUGGAAAUGUGUGCUACUCGAACGCCCACUGCAGAUUGUGGACGGCUGACAGCCAUUGUGACUUUUUGAUACCCAACCUCUUCGGACGCUGUCAAUGUAAUUCUCCAUUCAAACAAGUGGGCGAUUCUUGCGUUCGCUCCGCCUUUCCUACCACCACUACCCCUACACCGCCUGUAACUCCAUCUGUUGGUACUACUGCAUCCUCAAUACCCACGUCUUUCUCGGCAUCACCUCCAGGAGGUGGGACUGUUGGUCCACUCAGUGUUAAGCCUGAUCAAUCGACAGCACUUCCUGACAUCGAAAGUAACUCCAUUCCAGAUUCGACAAACCCGAUUUCGUCUACUCCCUCAAUUAAAUUUGUGCCGUCCAAAUUGUCUACACCCAAACAAAUCCACACUACUCAUCGACCCGAUGUUACCACACGGUUGGCAAUUGCAAGACGCAGCACCACCAUGGAACCCUAUUCAACACCCAUGCCCUUGCAUGCUGGAUUGUUCUCUAGCACCACCACACCUAAACCGUCAUUUAUGUCAACGUUGACUACUCCUGCCAGCUAUAGAACAAGCACUAGAAAGCCCACUUCGAAACCAAGCAUCAGAAUACGCACAAGAGUGGAUGAUAGUCAUGUAGCUGUUAGUUUGGGGCUACCCUGCGUGACCGAUCUGCAAUGUCGUGCCGCUGACUCCUCUUCUCGUUGCAUCGAUGGCGUUUGCGACUGUAUUGUCCGUUCGAAUUUUACCAGUAGUUGUUCAGCACAGAAUCGUGGUUGCAUUCCUGGUACAUUCCAGUGCCGUAGUACGGGAACCUGCAUCAGCUGGUUCUUUGUCUGUGAUGGUCGUAAGGACUGUUCGGAUGGUUCAGAUGAAGAAUGCACGUCGACUAAAUGUCCAGUUGAAGCGUUCCGAUGCAAAUUGGGUAAGUCACGUCGUUGUAUAUCGCGCGCCGCUCGCUGUGACGGCGUCAAAGACUGCCCUGGAGGAGAAGACGAAUCAGAUUGUCAAGCCAUCGGCAAAAAGGGCUGCCCAACGGACACGUUUCAAUGCGCCGAUGGAAAAUGUGUACCGGAGUACGAAUUUUGCAACGCCAUUAUUGGCUGCAGUGAUGGUAGCGAUGAACCUGCUCAUAUUUGCCGCGGAAGAGCGCGGCGACGCCUUUCAGAAUACUGCCCUCUGCGAUGUGGAAACGGUCGAUGUCGAUCGUCGGCCAUUGCUUGCUCAGGACGUGAUGGGUGCGGAGAUGGUACCGAUGAGAAUCAUUGUUCAGUUUGCAGAUGCCCUCUGAUCAAAAGCAAAGCGUUAGCCCCGAAUUAAAUUUCAAGAACGAAAAUAUCUACAGUACUUCAAAAGCAAUGUUUAAAUAAACAAUAAAAAGAACAUAAUUGAAUCGACGCGUAAAAAAAUCUGUUUAUGUUAAUCGAUGCCAAAAAAGAACGACCGAAAUUAAUACGAAAUCCAACAAGAGUUUGUUCAAAUGUCUCUGCAAACAAAGAUGCAGUUGGCAUUCAAUUGGAAGGAGGGGAACUUAAAUGAAAGUACUUGUAUUAUAUUUAUUGUAUUAUUUAUUUAUAUAUUUAAAUCUAUUACAUAACGUCUAUUACAAUUAUUCGUAGAGUAAAUUGCAACUAAAACUAUUGUCCUCUUCAAAGAGGGAAUCAUUUUCAAUUCGAUGAUAAAUUGGAGUAUGAAUCAAUCAGCAAAUUCAUGCGCGUGACUUAUUUGAUUUUUUUUGUAAAUAUUAUACAACAUUUAAGUUACUGAUACACUUUGUAUACAUGCAUUACUCCAGAACUGCGAACAAAGGAUAUCGGCAAUUAAAAGCACCGAAUUCCAAAUUAAUUUGUAAUAAUUAUAAAAGAUUUUAAUUAUUGUAAAAUUAAAUAAUAUUCCAAACA